AUGUCAUACUGCAUUAGACAAUGCACUGUAGUGAAUAACUCUAGGCAUUCAAUUUCAUCUAAAAUCAAUUUGAAUCAAAAAUUGAAUUCAAUUACUAGAUCUUACUACUCUAAUCUUGCUUCAUCCGUUUAUCAUCUAAUCCAAACUCCUACAUUAAUUCACUCCAUCCAUUUGCACCCAUUCGCACUCUUAUCUUUCGCAUCUUUCGCAUUUCGCACCUUUCAUCUUUCUAUGGAUGAUGAUCUCAACAGACCCCUAACAGAACUAGUGCGGCCCUCCUCUCUACACCAAUAUAUUGGCCAGAACCACCUCACAAACCACCGCAAUGGGGCAAUUACCAACUUUAUUCGUCUAGGAUAUUUGCCCUCAAUGAUCCUUCAUGGUCCUCCGGGCGUCGGCAAGACAACUUUGGCAUCGAUUAUUGCAAAGGAAGCGGGCUACGUUAUGGUGGAAUUGUCGGCUACUGAUGCUACCGUGUCUACAAUACGACGAUUACUGAACGAAAUAAGGGACGAAAAUCGAAAACGAACUAAACUCGGUACUCCACAUUUACGAGUAUGCGUUUUUAUCGACGAAAUCCACAGAUUUUCCAAAGUUCAGCAGGAUUUUCUUCUUCCGUUUGUAGAAGAAGGGUUGUUUGUGUUUUUGGGUGCCACAACUUUCAACCCUGCGACAAGACUACGUCCGGCGAUUCGGUCUCGGUGCCAGUUGUUCAAGCUCAACGAGCUCACAAAAGACGAAGUGAAAAGCGUUCUAAAGAAGGCAGCUUUGUACGAAAAUGUUCGUCGUAGAAUAGUCUACGGAAAACAGUUUCUUUCGUUCUCUUCUGAAGUGCUCAACCACAUUAUCAACACUUGCAAAGGCGACGCACGCUCGGCCGUCAAUAUGAUAGAAAUGGUCAGUAUCAAUUUGUCCAGUGAUGCACACAAAUAUACCGGCACCUACGACCCUAUAGUGGUAACCUCGGAGCUGGUAGAUACUUUCUUGAAGGAAUUGCACCGGCAGAACGGCGGACUAAAUCAUGUCGAAAACAAUGGUCUUCUUGUGCACUUUUUCAGCACCAUCAAUGAGUGUAAACCAAAACCCAAAAAACGAAAAACCAUAGUUGACGAUUCCAAAAUCAGAAGAACAUUUCGUGAACGAAUGGACUACUCGGACGACGAAUAUCAAGACGCUGAAAGGUCUUUCGAUGGCUCGGACUUGAUCACCAAGACGGAAUAUUUAAAGGUGAAAGCAAUAAAGAUUUUAUUGCAACUUUUGCACAGGGGAGAGUCUCCUCUUUUCAUUGCAAAGCAAUUGGUUAUUUUUACUGUGCUCUACACGGAUUGUGACUACUCUAUACUCCGCCAAACCCUCUCAAUAGUCAAAGCUUUUGAGGUUUCUGAUGUGAUCCAUGUUCUUUCAGAUUGUGUCGAAAGGCUAGUGGAAUGUCCAAAGCGUGAUACAUCAAAAAAGGACCCGUUUCUAUCUUUCAAGAGCACCUUACAAUUUUUGAAAAAGUCGACAAGAUUUAAUUCGAGUUUUCAACCACAGGCCGAACAAUUCUUCCCAGUUGAAUACGAUUUAGAAUUGGUCGACUCGCUCCUUCAACCCCCGCAAAUAAGUUCUGGUGAUGAGAACCAGGUUUUUCCCGUCACAAAUGCAGAUGAGUUGGGCGAUAUGUACUCGGUGGGCACGCCAAUCACAAACACAAAUAUUUUUGAAAACGAGGACAAAUGA